CUUUUCUAAACAAAAACAAACGUUUUAUUUUCACAUGCACUUGAGAAUAUAUUUUGAGAUUAUCAUCUACUCAAAAUUCAAUUUUAACUAACGUCCUCAAACCUACAUUUUAACUAUGUGUCAUUUUCCUAGCCGUAUAGCUUGGAGGGAUCAAGGCAAAUAGUCUAGCAAUUCAAACAGAUACAGCCUAUCUGUUAGCUUAUGUAGCGAUUAAAACAGAUGCAGCCCAUCUGUAGCUUGAUGUAGCAACAUCUGCCAUGGGCCUCUGAAUAGAUGAUAUUAUCUUCACUGUUCGACUUAACAACGGUUAUGCAGAAGUUGAAGUUGUGGUUAUCUAAGUUUUACUGUUAGGCCAUUUGCAAAAAUAUAAUUGGAUGGUCAUAUGUUAAGACCAGAGACUGAUGCAAAUAUGGAUUAGGCGUAAACGGAGUAAUAUUCGAUGUGUUUCACCUUUCACAAUGAAAGGAUCUUAUUGCUUCCAUUUGUUACUCACGUAAUUUUUUACAGUCAAUUUUUUAUUUAUAUAAUCCACUUUUUAUGUUCGUCAUCUAGUCAUUUGAGGUUCAAUAGUACACGGGCCAAAGCUUUUCUACAGCAUCAAUGCAAUGCUUACAAAACUAAAAAUCCAAUCAGUCAUCAGGCAAAUCUAGUGCUGAGAUUCCAGAAUCGUUUAAAACCAAAAUUGAGCACCCAAAGAAAACGAAUGGUAGAAACAACAAAUAAGAAAGCUGCUUCUCAGAUAAUGGGCCAAAGGCUUUCCACAUAUAAGAACUUGAGAAGAUGUUAAAGGUUCUUCAAGAUUUAAACAAAGAGAAUGUCAAACAAAAGCUCAACACUGCUCUCUUCCUUGAUCUAAAACACGAAGGAAAAAAAAUCCCCUUCAAGCAUCUUAGAUCAAAGUGUCAUCAAGCAAUGCAGAACUCAAGAAGCAUCUCUUCAGCUUAAAUCAAAAAGUACCAAAACAAAUCCUCAGCCCUUCUUUUCAGUGUGGUUAAAGCAAUAGAAUCAUCAUAGAGCAGCACAAGAAACAAACGAAAACAUAGAAACUACAAAUUAAAAAAAAAUAGUACCAAAGGGAAAGCUGCUUCUCAGACAAAGGGCCAAAGUUUGUCCACAUGAGAGGGCUUGAAAACGUGUCAUGAAACUAUUCCAAUCAGGAAAAAAUAUCAAUAAGAUCUCAACAUUACUCUCUACCUCAACCUAAACCACGAAGGACAAGACCUUCAAAGCGACUUAGAUCAAGGUGUCAUAAAGUAAACAUCGAGAUCAAACCAAACCUUUCCCUAGUCAGAAUCAACAAGUGCCACAACACAUUCUCAAACCCAUCUUUUUCAGUGUGGUUAAAGCAAGAUAAUCAUCACAGAGCAGCCACACAAACCAAAACAAUUUUUUUUAUUAAAAAGGUUGACACUUUAACAUUAAAAACACGAGACAGAAGAUGUUGAAUCUCGAGAAAAUGAUAGAAUCCAUGUGGAAAACAAAUUCUACAUGUCCAGAGAUUACAAAGACGUUUGAUUUCGCAUUGGAACAUAUCUCUCUGUUAAAGCUACAUGAAUGAGAAAGCUCACAGACUCUUAACGCAAAUCUGUUCCCUUAUAUGCUAAUCUCGUAACCUAAAGUUCCGGACUUUCAACAAUAAAAAAAAAAAUCGGAUCUUUUGAUAACAGAAUGAAUGAACUUUCGUGAAGAACAAUUUGCGGCGAGAUCUAAAGACGAAGUCUUUUAUUUAUAAACUCUAGGGUUUUUAAACAUCGCUUUUAACGAGCCCUAGCUUCUAGUUUAAUGGGCCUACAGGCCCAAUACUGUAUCUUUGUCUUCUUCUUCUCUCUCUAGGCUCUGUUUCUGUCGACGGAAACAUGAUUACUCACUGCUUGACGAAUCAGUAAAGCCUUUCUCUUUCAGUUAUUCAUUGAAUAGAGGUUAGGUUUCUGUUUUCUCUGUUGUUGUUCAUUCACAUGACCAAUAAAAAUUCUUUCUUCUUCGUUUCAAGGGAUUCGACAAAUCUGAGAUUAUCCUCUGUUUUAAUGUCCUAAGGAGAUUCGUUUCUUCGUUAUCAACAAACCCUCUUCUGUUUCUCUCUAUUGCAUCUAUCUCCGUACUUCUAAGCUGUUGUUGUCUUAACCCAAUCACCAAAAAAAACAUCCUUUUUUAAAAAUCUCGAUUAUAUCAGCUUCUUCAUUCUCCAUGUGCGUCUCUUCUGUGUUACUCUGAUACGGAUGCAUAAGAUGUGCCAUGAGCCUAUCAACGUCUCUCCGGUAGAGUCCGGAGUUACGUUCAAUGAGUUAGACCACCUCCCCUUGACGACACGGCGGAGUUUGUUGCAGCCUAACGCUGCAUCGAAUGUUGACAGUGUAGUGAAAAGGGAAGAGGAUUGCUUUGAUGAGCUGGGCGCAGUAGUGCCAAACUGUGAUGCUCCAGAAUCUGUAAACACUCAAACUCCGGAAUCUACUAGCAUUGGUUGCAGUCAGGGUCUAAUUGAGUCUGGAAACUCAAGACCACAGAACAACAUUCUUCUAGUGUCUUGUCGUAACAACAGAUUUGAACAAAUUGAAGAAACCACAGGGAGUGAUGAUGCUCUUGAACAUCUCUCACUUAAAGAGAGGCGCAAAUUGCUACUAGAAAGGAUGGUGUUAAGGUUGCCAGAACCCAACUUAGAGGAUAAUACUAAAGAUUGCCAUGAAACCGAUCUUUUCAAAAUAAAAGCCGAGAAUUCAUGCAAAAAUGGGAUAGCUUCAUCUUCUGCGGCCCGAUUCAGCGGCUUUCUAGAGAAAAUUGAUUCUUUCCUCUAUAAGAAAGUUAGCAUAGGUUCAGUAUCUGAAAGCCAGCUUAGUGGAGUUCAAGAGAAUGAUAUUCCUAUUGCUAACAAAAGGUCUUUUGAGUUGUCACCUGAAGCCAGUUUGCAUAGUGAUUACGAACACUCUCCAUUAAGUAGUACCUGUUAUGCAGCUGUAACAGAAAAGCAGAGAGAUAGUGUAAAGAGAGUCAAAAGGAAUCCACGUCCUUUGAACGUGAGUGAGAUGCAGUUGAAUCAAGAUGUAUGUGAGCCUUUAGAUGAUUCCUCCAUGGAUAACAAUGAAGAACCAGAUCCUGUUACCUCAGAGCAAGUGCAGGUCAAAAGAGAGGUGGAAACACGUGAGGAAGACGAGAUAGAUUUUGUGAAUUUGAUCUCUCGCUUGACUCGUUGCACAUCUGCUCCGAGUCCUGCUAGCUUUGUGAAAGACGAGGCUAGUGAAUUGGAUGAAGAUGAGAUAGACCAUAUGAAACUAAUUGAUCGGUUAAAGCUUCGGUCUUCUCAUGGUUCAAGGCAUCAUGAAGCUCCUCCUAGUUCUCCACCACCCUCAGGUUUUAGCUUCUGUACAUCUGAUGAAUACGUUAAACCUGUGAGGGUAUCGAAGCGAAAGAAAACCGCCACGAACUCAAUUGAGACAGCUCUGGAGGAAGAUGCUCCUGGUCUUUUACAGGUACUGAUUAAACAAGGGGUGACAGUAGAUGAACUCAGGCUUUAUGGGGAGAAUGAUUCCUUCUCAGAUGAUUCUUCACUUCUUGAAGAGACCUUCUCAGAGCUGGAAGAUGUCAUCUCACAGCUCUACUUCAAACGAGCAACUGGUCCUAAACUUCUUAACUUAAGUUUCUCAAAAGAUUCAAGAACCAGCUAUUGCUUGACCUGUCUCUUCUCCCUCAUAGAACAGGCAAGGUAUCUUCGGUUUCGCAAAUGGCCUGUUGAAUGGGGUUGGUGCCGUGAUCUCCAAUCUUUUAUAUUCGUUUUCGAGAGACAUAACCGGAUAGUAAUGGAACGCCCUGAGUAUGGCUACGCAACAUACUUCUUCGAGCUCAGCAACACUGCAUCAGUAGGAUGGCAGAUCAAACGGUUAGUCUUGGCCAUGAAACUAGCGAGCUGUGGCCGUUAUCAACUUAUUGAAAACAAGCCAUUACUGGUAGGAGAGGAUAUGACGGAAGGUGAAGCAGAAGUACUGAUGAAGUACGGUUGGGUUGCGAACACGGGGCUGGGGACAAUGCUAAACUACCGUGACAGAGUGUUCCAUGACAGGAAGAGCCAUAAAGAGACAUCAGAAUGGAAGUCUAAGAUUUCUAAGCUUCUUGUUGAUGGCUAUAACAGUGGAACUAUUGUCUCAACUUUCAUUGUUCCCCCUGAUGAUGUCGAGGAUGAUGAUGAUGCUGGACUUGACAUGGAACAAGUUAAGCUCGAGAGUUACUGAAAACUGCGAAUCUCUCUGGUUGCAACUAGUUUGUUCAAGAGUAUUCAAAAUGUGGAUAUGAAACCUUAGAUUAUUUAUUUGAUCAAUUAAAUUUGGUAGACUUUGUAAGCUUAUUAGAUGAAAAAAACAAGCUCACUUUGCACCAUAGGACUCAUAAGUUUUGACAGUGAUGCUUUCAUUAAUAACCACACACUCCAGUUUCCU